AGAGAAAGGGAAGGGGUGGUAAGAAGGGGUGACAGAUUCAAGGCAAUUAAGCCCGGUGCCUCUCGCGCCCCCCCUCAACCCCGGCCUGCUGCGCAGGACCUGCCCGUGGCGCUGCUCCGAGCGCUGGGCGGCCCCGUCGGGGAGGCCCCGCUGGACAACACGCGGCUCCGUGGGCCGCUGGGCCCCACCUACGGCUCGCCCUCGCAGGGCCCGCAGGGGGGUGCGCCGCACGGCGACCGCUUCGGACAGGCCUUCGGCCAGGGCUUCAGCCACCGGCUCGGGGGCGCCCUGGGCACCGCCUUGGGCUCCGCCCUGGGCUCGGCGCCGGCCUCCAACGCGUCGGUGCUGGUGCCCGGCGUCACCUUCCCCGUCAGCGUGGCGCACCACUUUCCCGGCCAGCAGACGCACUGGCACGACCUCUACGACACGAUCAUUGGCCACCGGCCCCGCGACGCCUCGCCCACCGCCUCGCAGCCCGAGUGCUGCUACUUCUUCCAGGACGUGGUCGAGUUCCUGCACCAGUACUACGUGCCCGUCAUGAUCGUCAUGGGCCUGGUGGGCAACCUGCUGUCGUGCGUGGUCUUCCUCAACACGCACCUGCGCCUGCGCUCCUCGUCCUACUACCUGGCCGCCCUGGCGACGGCUGACUUCGGCUACCUAGCCGUGCUCGUGCUCGUCUGGCUGAACAGCGUGCACGGUGUGCAGGUUUUCAACAAGGAGGGGUGGUGCCAGAUCGUGACGUACGUGUCAUCCGUGUGCGCCUUUCUCUCCGUGUGGCUCAUAGUGGCCUUCACGGUGGAACGCUUCAUCGCCGUGCAGUACCCGCUGCACCGGCCGCACAUGUGCACCGUGGCCAGGGCCAAAGCCAUCGUGGCGUGCAUCGCCGUGUUCGCUUUGGUCGCCCACAUCUACACCCUCAAGACGCGGGGAAUGGUGCGCGACAAGGACGGUUACGAAUCGUGCGACCUCCUGGAACAGCACCAGGGCAUGAUGCGGGUCAUCAACCUGGUGGACGCCAUCAUCACCCUCGUGGUGCCCAUCAUCCUCAUCAUUGUGAUGAACACCAUGAUCACGCGCAAUCUGGUGCUGUUUGGGAGGCGAUUCAAGCAAGCGCCGCCGGGGAUAUCUGCCGCCGACCCGACCAGCUGGACAGACCCACAAUUGGGUCGAGAGAGUUGCGAAAGCAGCAGCAGCAGUGGCACCAACCGCCGCAUCAGCACCUCGGUCCACGCGCCCUUUGUCAGGGCGCCGAAGGACAACCGACCGGCGGCGGCCGGACACGGCCAGCACGCCAAAGGGGCGACAGCGAAGGGGCUGCCGUCGGUCAAGGUCCACGAGGCGCUCGCCCCUCCCACCCAGGAAACCAACAUCCUGCCGACCAGCGAGCUCCCCGACAUCGCCCUCGGGCAGCCCCCGGGCCCCGGGCCCGGCACCAGCCCGGGCGCCGGCCGCGGCUCGGCUCUCAGUCCGGGGCACCGCCCACAGUACAGCAGCCCGGGGCUCGUGCGCACCAAGCAGCAGCCGAUACAAAUUUCGACGGGGAGAACUCUCGUUUCGACGAGGACCCAGCAAAGCAUCACAAAAAUGCUCCUCCUCAUCAGCUCCGUUUUUAUAGUCCUCAACCUACCGAGCCACGUGCUGCGCGUGUACGCGUCCAUCGCCGACCUCACGGGCUCCAGCGUGAGCACCGCCGAGCCACGCGCCGAGCACCCCGCGCUGUGGUUCGGCCAGCAGCUCGCCAUGCUGCUGUACUACACCAACUUCUCCAUCAACUUCCUCCUCUACUCCAUGUGCGGCAUCACGUUCCGCCGCUGCCUGUGGCAGCUGGUGCGCGGCACCGCCAAGUACUUCGGCUGCGGCUGCGGCUUGUGGUGGUCGGACUGCCAGUUCAGUGGUGCGCUCGCGCGGGUCGGGGCCUGUGGCGCAAGCAGACGCGCCGGGGCCACGGAGGCGCCGCCUCGACAUCCGCGCGAGGGGAGGAGAUCGCCAUGCACGCGAUCUGAGACGCUGUCCGAGGCGCCCGAGCUGGCGCACCACGAGGUGGCGCUGUGCGCGCUGUGCGGCGACCACCCCUGCAACGUCUCGCAGGCCGCCCUCGCCCGCGCCGCCCAGCAGAGCCAGCACAGUCAGCUCGGCGAACUGCUCCUCGGCGUGGCCACUGAGGCCCUCGGCGAGGGCUCGGGCGCCAGCACGCCGACGUCCGUCUGACCAAGGACCCCAGCAAUGGAAGGGGAGAGCCGCGCCAGCACGCAGCAUAGUCCGUGCAGGUGGCGGGAACAGUAGUCCACUCUAACUUAUUUUUAUUUUUAUUAUUCCAUUUAAUCUACGUAUAUAUUUUAUAAAGUGGAUAAAAGUGGUGAAAUACGUAGUGGAGAAUGUAGAAACAGAUUGUAACUUUGUGUAUUUGUGUAAACGUAAAAGCCAAGAGCAAAGUGUGAUAGUCGGAUCUAAGUUUAGUAAGACAGGGAGAUAAAGAAGACUGCAAAAGAGAUGAAAAUAGGCAAGUCGCACAAAUAUUUCUUGUAAGAUGCUGAUGCUAUCAACGGAAAAAAUAUUAUUUGUUAACCUGAUACACCAUACCAGACAAAUUUUCGCUCCUUGAACUGUACGUAAAAUUUUAAACAUUAACGCAGAGGCAGCAAAAACUCUAUACGGCCUGGCAGGAUGUCCCAUAAGCCCCAUGCUUCCUGUUAUAUUUUUUUAAAAUACUGUAGCGCAUACAGUGAGGUGUCCGGGUAUGCCAACCGUCACGCCUUAUGAUGCCGAGCGAGCAUAGGCAACUACCCACCUAUAGGCCUGAAUGCGGUGCACUCAGUAACCCCCCCCCCCCCCAAGUGCGGGGCCUGAGACACCCUACUGUAUAUCAGUCAUUUUAACGCUGAAUCGACAGUUUUUUUCUCCUCUUUGUCAAGGCGCAAGCACGCAUCCUAACUGAUUUAGGUAUCGUGAAACCUAAGGUUUGUUCCUAGAUUAGGCCUAUCACCGGCUUUCCUCCUCAGACACUCCUGUAUUGGUGUAUGUUUUGCUUUUCGGAAAAUGUGAAGUGAACGUGAAGCCCAAAAUCUGUGGAACAAUUAAGAAUGCUGUGAUUGUGAAUUUGUAUCAAUCUGCGUUGGGAUCCAGCCUAAGUAGGUCUUACUUGAAACAAAUGGAUUUUCAACGGCGACGGAGCACACAGUGCACGGGGCUGUUUGUAUACGAACUUUGCAAACGCACAUCCAUUUUUACUCGUUCUUUACCUCCCACAACCUAUUCUUGGGAGAUAGAGAACGAGUAUUGUGCUCAGUAUGGUGUAAUUUAGACCCCACUUUCAGCGAAAAAAUAGUAAUGCAUACAGCUAUGAUAGUGUAACCGUAAUGUUGCAGUUGCAAACUAAACAUUACUAUAAUUUUAUUGAAAAACAUUGAAAACAUCAACACCAACACAACACCAAAAGCGCAUGCGCGGAUACGCCAUCUAUCUCUGCCAGCGGCAGAUUGAUGUAAACCGCGCAUGCGUGGCUAACAACAAUGAGUAUGAUUUUCCUUUGCGAUUUAGGUAAAAUUUCAAUUGGCGUUUUUUCGAAAAUAACUGUUAUCGAAAAUAACCUAAUAUUGAUUCAGAUGUAAAAAAUACCAUUUACCAUUUCUGAUAGUGUUCAGAAUUUAAUCUUGCAACAAGUCAUAUGCACUAAUAAAACAUAAAUUACACCAUACUUAAAGGUAAAGAACGAGUUUGUCCCCAUUGUAUCAAAUUAACUUAAUCCAUUCUGUUUCCUUUUGUUUAACCUAAAUUAUCUUUCGUAAAUCUACGGUAUAAAACAAGAAAACCUGUAUGACACAAGUAAAUUUUUUCGGAAAAAUGAAUAAAAGAACGUGUUUGAAAUAAUA